GUUGCCGUACUUCCGCUGGUGCAGAAGCGGGGUUUCCGCGGGAUCAGGCCGGCGUCCGAGGGUACUUGGUAGUGUUGUGUGGGGCGGGAAGAGGCACGUUAGACGUGGGGCUCCGGGGCGGAGGCUGCCCAGGAUGAGGGGCGUCCGCUCCGAGGCUGGGUGCGCGGAUGGACCAGAAGUGGGACUUGUACGAUGUUGCCCUGUAAAAAGAGAAGAGCUGCAGUGACGGAGUCUGCGCACCAGCAGGAUGACCAGGAGGGAGAUGACUUAGACUUAGAGCCAGCUGUGAAGCCGGAAUCCGUGCAGCUGAAAGACUUGGGGUCAGAGCCGCUGUCCUGGGGUCAGCAUCGUGAGAGUACAGUGUGUCCUGAGGUGGACUCCUCUCAUGAUAUCGCAGAUCAGCUCAGCUUGGAGGGUCCGUCUCUACGUCCUCAGGUGCUCACCCAGCAUGGAAACUUACCAGUUUUGGAGGCUGUCGAUGUAGCCAUCUCUCAGGAAAGUGACCUUCCUUCCUCCGAGUCUUCUCAUUCCCUGGCUAUACAAGUCGAUAAAGAGAGACACCAGGCCGCGGCCUCAAGGAAAGGGAAGGAAAUUGUCUUCCCGCCUUUGCUGGUUACCAGAGAAGACCUAGGGGAUCAUCCUGUUGUAGAGGAACCUCCUUCAGGAGAGCUGGAUGAAGAAGCCAAGGCAGAAGGAGAAAGACAAGAGAAUGGAGAAAGCGAUAGAAGGAAAAAAACUAAAAAGGGUACCAAGAGAAAACGAGAUGGAAAGGGUCAAGAACAAGGGACAAUGGCCCAUGACCUAAAACUGGAUGACAUGCUGGAUCGUACCUUGGAGGAUGGUGCUAAGCAGCACAAUCUGACAGCAGUCAAUGUACGGAACAUCCUGCACGAAGUAAUUACAAAUGAACAUGUUGUAGCGAUGAUGAAAGCUGCCAUCAGUGAGACAGAAGACAUGCCACUCUUUGAGCCAAAGAUGACACGCUCUAAACUGAAGGAAGUGGUGGAGAAAGGAGUGGUAAUUCCAACUUGGAAUAUUUCGCCAAUUAAGAAAGCCAAUGAAAUUAAGCAGCCUCCACAGUUUGUGGAUAUUCACCUAGAAGAAGAUGACUCCUCAGAUGAAGAGUACCGGCCAGAUGAAGAAGAGGAAGAUGAGACUGCUGAAGAGAGCUUAUUGGAAAGUGAUGUUGAAAGCACUGCUUCGUCUCCACGCGGAGUGAAGAGAUCCAGACUGCGAGCGUCUUCUGAAGUGGCUGAGACAGAUGAGGAGAGUGGCAUGUUGUCAGAGGUUGAGAAAGUCACCACACCUGCUGUUAGGCACAUCAGUGCUGAGGUAGUGCCCAUGGGGCCCCCACCUCCUCCAAAGCCAAAGCAGACCAGGGAUAGCGCUUUCAUGGAGAAGUUAAAUGCAGUAGAUGAGGAGCUGGCUUCUAGUCCUGUCUGCAUGGGUUCUUUCCAGCCCAUGGAGGAUAGUCUCAUUGCAUUCCGAACUCGGUCUAAGAUGCCCCUGAAAGAUGUUCCUCUGGGCCAACUAGAAGCUGAGCUUCAGGCUCCAGAUAUCACCCCGGAUAUGUAUGAUCCAAAUACAGCUGAUGAUGAGGACUGGAAGGUGUGGCUGGGGGGCCUCUUAAAUGAUGACGUGGAGAACGAGGAUGAAGCAGAUGAUGAUGAUGAUCCAGAAUAUAACUUCCUGGAAGAUCUUGAUGAACCAGACACAGAGGAUUUCCGCACUGACCGGGCAGUAAGAAUCACUAAAAAAGAAGUGAACGGGCUGAUGGAGGAGCUAUUUGAAACUUUCCAAGAUGAAAUGGGAUUCUCCAAUAUGGAAGAAGAUGGCCCAGAGGAAGAGGAGCGUGUAUCAGAGUCUCGACCUAACUUCAACACCCCUCAAACCCUGAGGUUUGAGGAACCAUUGGCCAACUUGCUGAAUGAACGACAUCGGACAGUAAAAGAGCUACUUGAACAGCUGAAAAUGAAAAAAUCUUCAUGCAAGCCACAGCCUGAAGUGGAGAGGCUUAAACCUCAGAAGGAGAUAGUCCACCAGACUCUGAUUCUGGACCCAGCACAGAGGAGCAGGCUUCAGCAGCAGAUGCAGCAGCAUGUUCAGCUCUUGACACAAAUCUACCUUCUCACCACCUCCAACCCCAACCUCAGCUCCGAGGCCAGCACCACCAGAGUAUUUCUGAAAGAGCUGGGAACUUUUGCAGAGAACUCUGUCGCCCUGCACCAACAGUUCAACCCCAAGUUUCAGACCUUGUUCCAACCCUGUAACUGGAUGGGAGCUAUGCAGCUCAUUGAAGACUUCACACAAGUCAGUGUUGACUGCAGUCCUCAGAAAACCACCAAGAAGACUGCCAGUGAAUUUCCCUGUUUGCCAAAGCAAGUGGCUUGGAUCCUGGCCACAAACAAGGUCUUCAUGUAUCCAGAACUCCUUCCAGUAUGUUCACUGAAGGCAAAUAAUCCUCGGGAUAAGAUCGUCUUUACCAAGGCUGAGGACAAUCUGUUAGCUUUAGGACUGAAGCACUUCGAAGGCACUGAGUUUCCUAAACCUCUAAUCAGCAAGUACCUUGUAACUUGUAAGACCGCUCACCAGCUGACGGUGAGAAUCAAGAACCUCAACCAGAACAGAGCUCCUAACAACGUGAUUAAAUUUUAUAAGAAGACCAAACAGCUGCCAGUUCUGGUGAGGUGCUGUGAGGAGAUCCAGCCACAUCAGUGGAAGCCGCCCAUAGAGAAGGAGGAACACCGGCUCCCAUUCUGGUUGAAGGCCAGUCUGCAGUCCAUUCGGGAUGAACUUCGGAACCUAGCGGAAGGUACUGCGGAAGGAGAAAAUGUGACCCCAGCCUCAGAGACCAGUACAGAUCAGCAUUUGGAGAAAGCCAGCCCUGAGUUAGGGAGUGAGACUCAAUACCCACUGCUGAUGCCCAAUGGUGUAGUACUCAAAUUGAAGCCAGGUUCCAAGCGUUUCUCUAGAAGGGCUUGGCGACAGAAGCGGCCGUUGGUUCAGAAGCCCCUCCUUAUCCAACCUAGCCCCUGUGUUCAAGCUUCGUUCAACCCAGGGAAAAUAGCAACCUGGUCAACUCAGUCAGAAGUCCCUCCAGGCAACAGGGUAGUUCAGAUUCCUCAUCUGAUCCAGCCAACCACUGUCUUACAGACACUUCCAGGGUUCCCUCCAGUGGGGGUCAGCCGAGAAGAUUGUAUUGAGUCUCCUGCAGCACUGCCAGCUAUGCCUUCUGGCCCUGAAGCCAGGGCCAGCCUCCCCCUCCCCCUGUCUGAGUCUCAGUCACUAUUGCCUUCUUCCUCUGCACCCAAGAUCAUGCUACCCUCGCUUGCUCCUUCAAAAUUUCGAAAGCCUUUCUCAAGGCGGAAGCCCACGAGAAGAAGAGGAACCAAGGUUUCUCCCUGUGUGAAACCUCCCCCCAUCAUCCACCCCACACCUGUCAUCUUCACUGUCCCUGCCACCACAGUGAAGGUUGUAAGCCUUGCCAGUGGGUGCAACGUGAUCCAGCCUGUUAAUGCAGCCGUGGCCCCAAAUCCCCAGACCAUUCCUAUCACCACUCUCCUGGUUAAUCCUACACCGUUCCCCUGUCAGUUAAACCAACCCCUCGUGGCCUCCUCCAUUUCACCCUUAAUUGUUUCUGGCAAUCCUCUGACACUUCCUGUGCCCUCUGUUGCUGAGGAUAAGGCCCACAUGAACGUGGAUGUUACUGAAGAGAAAAAUGCUCCUCAAAACCCUGACUCCACAUUAAAACCCCUGGAACUGACUCCUUUCUGUGCUACUGUCUUCUCCAAGGAGGAGCCUAGGCCAUGGCACCCUUCCUCAGGUAUGGAAAGCCAAGAAAUGUCAGAAGCAAAUGCCUGUGGAUGGCCCAUUGUGAAAACAGAAAGCCAGGAGGGAUCAUCUGAAUCGACCACCUGUGGCUGGACAGGUGUGAAAACAGAAGAGGAUGGGCUUGCUUUUGGGCCAUUUCCUCAGCAUCUCCCGGAAUCUCUGAACUCCACAUCAAAAGAUUUAGAAGAAAUGGUCAAGAUGGAAGCUGAGGAUUGUGUGGGAGAAAUCUCCAGCAGAUUUCCUGAGCAGGGCUUUGCUAAGAAAGUGAAAGAAGAAUGCUCUAUGGAAUUGGACAGUGGCUCCCAUCAGGGGAAGCAGAGUAGUUCCAGAGAGAUGAGAAAACAAGCAGUCGUGCAGAGGGAGGAGCCUCAACCAGCUAAAUCCCUUUCUGUGUCUCAAGACUCUGCUGAUGAAGGGGCUUCAAGUGGAGAUGCCAAGAAAGGAUUGCCAAAAAGCACUCCAUCCUGCAUGGAGCAGGAGAGGGUACUUCGCAGUCCUCCAGGGAAGCCUGAGGACUCAGCCAAUGUUGACGGUCAGUCUGUGGGGACCCCAGCAGGACCAGACCCUGGAGGAGAGAGAGAAGGGCCUGAGGAUGAAGAGGAGGAAGAGUUUGAUGACUUCACCCAAGAUGAAGAAGAUGAACUGUCAUCAGCCUCUGAGGAGUCUGUGCUUUCUGUCCCAGAGCUCCAGGAAACAAUGGAGAAACUGACUUGGCUGGCUUCUGAAAGGAGCAUGAGUCAGGAGGGUGAGUCUGAGGAAGAGAACUCCCAGGAGGAGAACUCCGAGCCAGAAGAAGAAGAGGAAGAGGAGGCAGAAGGGAUGGAAGCCUUGCAGAAAGAGGAUGAAGUGAAUGAUGAAGCAGUUGGAGAUGCUGCUGAGAAGCCCCCUUCUACCUUAGCCUCACCCAAGACUGUUCCAGAAGUAGAGACCAGCAUCACCCCACCAGGAGAGAGCAUCAAAGCUGCUGGCAGAGGCCGAAGUAAUCAUCGAGCUCGAAACAAACGGGGAAGUCGGGCUCGUGCCAGCAAGGACACCUCCAAGUUGUUGUUGCUGUAUGAUGAGGACAUCCUGGAUCGGGACCCUCUCAGGGAACAGAAGGACCUGGCCUUUGCACAGGCCUACCUCACCAGGGUACGAGAAGCUCUCCAGCAUGUCCCUGGCAAGUAUGAAGAUUUCCUUCAGGUCAUCUAUGAAUUUGAGUCAAGUACCCAGAGGCAUACUGCUGUGGACCUCUACAAAAGCUUGCAAACUGUGCUCCAAGACUGGCCUCAGCUCCUGAAGGACUUCGCUGCCUUCCUACUCCCUGAACAGGCCUUGUCCUGUGGACUAUUUGAGGAACAACAGGCUUUUGAGAAGAGUCGCAAAUUCCUUCGGCAGCUGGAGAUAUGCUUUGCAGAGAACCCCACACACCACCAGAAGAUUAUCAAGGUCCUCCAAGGCUGUGCAGACUGCCUACCUCAGGACAUCACGGAGCUCAAGACACAGAUGUGGCAGCUCCUCAAAGGCCACGACCACCUACAGGAUGAAUUCUCCAUCUUUUUUGAUCAUCUGCGCCCAGCAGCUAGCCGGCUGGGUGACUUUGAAGAGAUCAAUUGGACUGAAGAGAAAGAGUAUGAGUUUGACGGCUUUGAAGAAGUGAUACUCCCGGAUGUGGAAGAGGAAGAGGAGCCUGCCAAGGUGUCCACAGCCUCAAAGAGCAAGAGGAGAAAAGAGAUUGGGGUCCAGAAUCAUGAUAAGGAGACUGAAUGGCCUGAAGUGACCAAAGACUGUUCCUGUUUUUGCCAUGAGGGAGGUCCUGAUUCUAAGCUGAAGAAAAGCAAGAGGAGAAAUUGUCACUGCAGCAGCAAGGUCUGUGACAGCAAAUCUUACAAGAGCAAGGAGUCCCUUGAGUUGGUGGGGAGUAGCCCCCUCCAAGAGGCCAAUUCUAUGCCUGGAAAUAAGGAGGCAGGACAAGGCAAGGACAUACUGGAAGAGGACGCCCUGGAGGAGCAGGAGAACACUGAAGCAACCCAGAGUAGGACCGGCAGGACCACCAGGAAGGGAGAGACACCCAUGCCAGCAGGGUCAACAGUAGGGAGUGCUUUGCCGUGCUCUGCAGAAAUGACUCCCAUGGAACAGCCCUCGGAGGGCCAGACACUCUGCUCACCAGAGACCCCCCGACUUCCCCCUCAGACUGGAGCUGUACUCUCCUCUGUCAGAAGAGACCAGGCUGGGCCUGAAGUCUCCUGUCUUGGUACAUCCACCAUACUUGCUGUAAAAGGGGAGGAUCAAAAGGCUAAUUCAGAGACUACUGUGCCACUCCCAGAUGCAUCAGAAACUGAAAAGCUGCAAGGCUUUGUGGAGAUCCCUGCUGUUCUGCGGAGUCCUGUUUCCUCAAGGACCAGUGACACAGGAAGAAGACACAUACAUGGGAAAGCAGGUACUCAGAGCUGGCUACUCGAGAACAGAGUGGAGGCAAAGACAACCCAUAUGAUGGCACCUAUCUGUGGAACGCCAUCAGGAGUUGAUACCUCAGAGGUCACGCCCAAAGCUGCCAGAGGGGUCGUGGCUGAAGACAGAGAAACACAAGGCAAGGGGCCAGAGGGGCCUCUGCCAAAAGUCUCAGAAGCUACAGUCUGUGCCAACAACAGCAAGGUCAGCUCCACUGGGGAGAAGGUGGUACUGUGGACAAGGGAAGCCGACCGAGUGAUUCUCACCAUGUGCCAGGAGCAGGGGGCACAGCCUCACACCUUCAGCAUUAUCUCUCAGCAGCUGGGAAAUAAGACUCCUCUUGAGGUUUCCCACCGUUUCCGAGAGCUCAUGCAACUCUUCCACACAGCCUGUGAGGCCAGCUCUGAGGAUGAGGAUGAUGCCACCAGCACUAGUAAUACAGACCAGCUCUCUGACCAUGGGGACCUGCUGUCUGAAGAAGAGCUGGAUGAGUGAGACCGGGGGAGGUAUGGUGUCAUCUGCCAGGACCAACCCAACUGUUGUGGAGACCUUGAUCUCCUUCUGUGGAGCUAAGGACAGAGUCGGUCUGGAGAUGGCUGUGCGGCCUGUGUCUCUCAGGGACUUCAAUGAAGACCUUACAUACCCAAUCUGUAAAUAGCAUUGAAGGAAAAUGGGCCUUGGCUCUUUGGUGAUCUCAGUGGUUUUAAAUGUACAAAUGCCUAUGUCAAGUAGCAGGACCCACCACACGGGGUUCCUGCACCUGGCAGCUUUUAUUAUAAAUUAUCUCCCCAAUACCCUUCCCUGGAACUUCAGUUUGAAAGGCUGUCACCCUCCUGGUAACACUGGGCCAGGCUGUGUAAGUCCUGUAGCAACUCCUCCAUGUCAUCCUGCUCCACCCCAGCGUCCAUGAAGCUAGCCCAGCGCCGCAGAUCAAGUCUGUUGAGCUCUUCAGCCAAGUCUCCCAGGGUCUGGUGCAAGGAUGAAGAGGAGCGCAAGGCCCCAAACACAGGGAUGCUUUGCACUGCUGCAGAGGGAGAGAAAAGGGAGUGGACUAGAGUCUGCUCUGGGACUCUUGUACUGAUGAGCACAUCUGGGACUUGGUAGAAUGAUUGUGAAGUACAGCAGUAAAGUGUGUUUGCUGUCCCUAGUGUGUCAGUACCCCAGGAGCUUGUAGUCAAGUAGAGGAAUGCUCAACUGUGAACUUUUUUCUUUAGCACUUUUAAUCGAGAAAGAGUAAAACCA